CCGAGGGGGCGUGGCUAACCUCCCCAGUUCAACCUAGUUGUUGGAGUGGCUGGAAAACCUUGAACCUGCAGAUCAGCAGAAUCAGAGAAGGAAGCUGGUGGUCUGUGGGGCUCUCAACUCCCUGGAGAAAAUGAAGCCUCACGUCGUGUACCAGCAGCUGAAGACGCUGCACAACCCUGAAGAGCCUCCGCUGACUGAGCAGCCGAGACCGGCUCAACACAAGUUCUUCCCACGGGACUCCCAUUACAUCUUGGUGACAGCGAUCUUGUCUACAAUGCUGGUGGCAGCCCUUUUGGUCCGGAUGUUCCUCUUUCCCUUCUAUAGUCCAGCUUCUGUAGAGACUGUGGUGGCCACCCCAUCCCUGGACAACACGUGCAGUGACCCAUGCAGGGUCACACUGGUGGAAAGUAUCCCUGAAGGGCUGAUCUACGAUGACAACAGUACCAUCAACCCUUCUAUUUUCGAGGCCUGGAUGAACAUUUUGGGAGAUGCGAGGAGCACUGUGGAUAUUGCCUCUUUCUAUUGGACCUUGUCGGAUGAGGACACUCAUACCCACGAUCCCUCCUCCAGCCAGGGGGAAGAAGUUUUAUCCGAGCUGCUGAAACUGCCCAACCGAGGGGUCUCCGUGCGGAUUGCGGUCAAUCCCCCUUCCGCUCAUAUGCCGUGCAGUGAUCUCCGGAAGCUGGAGGAAAGCGGUGCUCAGAUCCGCAAGGUCAACCUGCCCAGGCUUACCUCAGGAAUCCUACACACCAAAUUCUGGAUUGUGGACCAGAUGCACCUUUACAUUGGGAGCGCCAACAUGGACUGGCGUGCCCUCACACAGGUGAAGGAGCUGGGAGUGGCUGUGUACAAUUGCAGUUGCUUGGCGCAGGACUUAGGGAAGAUGUUUGAAGCAUACUGGGCCCUGGGCUUGCCCAACGCCACCAUCCCCUCGCCCUGGCCAGCCAAUUUCUCCACAGCGUACAACAAGGAGACUCCCUUGGCGCUCCAGUUUAACGGCACGGAUGCCGGGGUGUUUUUCUCGAGUGCUCCUCCAGCCCUGUGUGCCACAGGACGGACUGAAGACCUUCAAGCCCUUCUUGGUGUCAUUGAUGAGGCUCAGGAAUUUGUCUAUAUCGCUGUGAUGAACUACUUGCCCACUAUGGAGUUCUCACAUCCCAGGAGGUUUUGGCCAGCGAUCGAUAACUUUCUGAGGAAAGCAGCCUACGAGAGGCAAGUGCGAGUCCACCUCCUAGUCAGCUGCUGGAAGCACUCCAAGGGCAACAUGUUCCCCUUCCUGCGAUCCCUAAAUGCCAUGCAGGACAACCGGACCCACUACAACGUGGAAGUGAGGCUCUUUGUGGUCCCAGCAAAUGAAUCUGAAGCCAGGAUCCCUUACGCCAGAGUCAACCACAGCAAGUUCAUGGUGACGGACAAGGUGGCUUAUAUUGGAACAUCCAAUUGGUCUGGGGAUUACUUCCUCCACACAGCCGGAUCUGCCCUGGUUGUGAAUCAAAGCGACACAGAGGCCGGGAUCCAGCCCACCCUCCGGGAGCAACUCCAGGCAGUGUUUGAACGGGACUGGGACUCCCAGUACAGCCGGGAACUGAACUCCUUGGGCCAGUGGCAGGAUUCUUGCAGUCCUGUUUAGACCAUCUCAACCUUCACUUCCAGCCUUAUAUGGAGACCACUGUCUUAGAAUGGCCAGAGUGACUUCCUCGAACGUCACCCGAAGACAAGAUCUGGUCAACGUUUGCAAGACAUUGGUUCUGCCCUGGAGCUAAGCACAAAAGGGUCUUGCUGGUGUGAAACUUCUGACUGGGGGAAAUGGGUCUUUCUCUCAAAUCCUUGGAUAAGGAGAGAAACAUACAAGCUAAGCAUUAAUGGA